AAAAUAACAAGAUCUAAUCAACCGAAUCUCAUCUUCCCUCUCUCUUCUCAACGAACGGCUCUAACCUCUCUUCUCUAUUAUCACUGCACUGCUUGCAGUUAUCACUCUUGGCAAGCAACUUAUUUUUCAAAGUUCCACCAACGGCGGACCAACUGAAGCUCCAUUUUCCACAGGAUCAACCGCCAAGUCGGUGACCCGAAUCCGUGCCAAGAAGAGUCCAACCGCAGAACUCGAGUACCAGGCACGAAUCCCCGCCAUGAGGCUGAUUGUACCUCUUCAAGGUGUGGUUCAAGGCAGAGGAGGCCUACUCCUCGGUUCUUUAAUCCCUUGCGCUCUCUUUUACUGUCUCCAGCUUUAUCUGAAACGAAACCGUUCUCCCAAGCGCUCAUCGAAUCCUCUUACGCCCUCUACGUCUUCUCCGUGCCUGGCGGACAUUCCAAGAACGUCGUCCCGUGGAUCGAUAGGUCCGGUUCGAGUGUCGUCACGGGCGAGUUCGAUCGCCAAGCCGAAUGAUUCGCCGUAUUAUAUUGGGUUUGAAAAGGUGUCGAGGGAUCCAUACGAUGCAAUAACUAAUCCAGACGGGAUCAUUCAGCUUGGAUUGUCAGAAAACAGGCUGUCGCUUGAUUUAAUUGAGAAAUGGAUGUCGGAGAAUUUGACGGAUACGAUUACGGGAAGAGAGGGUGGUGAGUUGAGUAUCAGUGGAAUUGCAACAUAUCAGCCGUUCGAUGGAUUGAUAGAAUUCAAAGUGGCUGUGGCAGGGUUCAUGUCUCAGGUCAUGGAGGGAGGUGUCUCAUUUGACCCAUCACAGAUAGUGUUGACUGCUGGUGCAACUCCUGCCAUUGAGAUAUUAUGCUUCUGUUUGGCUGAUCAUGGAAAUGCCUUUCUCAUCCCCACACCUUAUUAUCCUGGCUUUGACAGGGAUAUUCGGUCACGGACAGGAGUGGAGCUAAUACCUGUGCACUGUCGUAACACUGAUAAUUUCACUUUAAGUAUCUCUUCUAUUGAUCAAGCUUUCAAUCAGGCCAGAAAAAGAGGAGUAAAAGUUCGUGGAAUUCUCAUUUCAAACCCCUCAAAUCCUGUUGGCAAUAUCUUGUCACGAGAAACACUCUAUGAUUUGAUUGAGUUUGCCCAAGAGAAAAACAUCCACAUCAUUUCUGAUGAAAUAUUUGCAGGGUCUGUUUAUGGUAGCAAAGAGUUUGUAAGCAUGGCAGAAGUUCUUGAUUUGGAAGAAAUUGAUAAGAGCAGGAUUCAUAUUGUAUAUGGGCUGUCAAAAGACCUCUCUCUUCCAGGAUUUAGGGUUGGGGUUAUCUAUUCCUAUAAUGAGAGUGUUCUGGUUGCUGCAAAAAAGUUGACAAGAUUUUCUUCUAUUUCAACCCCAACUCAGAGGCUUCUAAUUUCAAUGCUUUCAGAUUCAAGGUUCAUUCAGGAAUAUAGAAAGACUAACAGAAUGAGGAUACAGAAAAUGCAUAAUUUGUUUGUGACUGGUUUGAACCAAGUAGGAAUUAGGUGUGCAGAGAGCACUGCUGGCUUUUACUGUUGGGUUGAUAUGAGCAGCUUAAUCCCUUCUUACAGUGAGAAAGGGGAACUUGAAUUAUGGGAUAAGCUUUUGAACAUUUCUAAGAUCAAUGUAACUCCUGGAUCAGCUUGCCAUUGCAUAGAACCAGGAUGGUUCAGGUGUUGUUUUACUACUUUGACUGAGGCUGAUGUUCCUGUAGUCAUCGAGCGAAUUUCAAAAGUUUCUGAAACUUGUAAAUCUCUUGAUUGAAAUGCAAUAUGUCUUUUCUUUUCCAACCUAUUGUCUUGAUUGACUAUGACAUUACUGUAUAGGAUAUUUUCCAGUUAAAUAGUAAAAGUAUGUGUAUAGCCACGCACAGGAACCUUUGAAUUUUAUAGAAGAGAGUUUCAUAUUCUGCAAA